AUGAAGCUAUUAUGUCUUCAAAAAAUAUUACUCAAGUAGCCGUAAUGAUGGAGAGCUGUACGGCAGGCGCUGCUUACUUGCCUACUAUGGCUGAUGAGAAUGUAAUUGUGAGAAAUAUCGGAACAAUUUUUCUUGCUGGUCUUCCGUUAAUAAAGGCUGCGGCAGGAGAAGUCAUGUCUGCCGAGGAUUUAUGUGGUGCGAAACUUUAUUGCUCGUAAGACUUAUAUUUUUAUGUUGAAUACAAUAUCAUUUUAAAUGAUGAAGCGUUAGAUAUGCGUGUCUUACUAACUUAAUAGUUUACAACAGAUAAUAUCAUGGAAAAAGCAAU